ACAGCGGCGUUGGCUGCGAGCUGCGGCCUCGGCAGCGCCGCGGGCCCGGGCCGCCGCUCCCCGGCACCGGCACCGGCACCGGCACCGACACCGGCACCGACCCUCUGCACCCAGCCCGCCACCUCCAGCCGACGGCAGCAUGGCUGAGGAAAAGUCUGACAAACCAUAUCUAGAAGAAAGUGCCUUUGAAGCACUGGAAGAAGACUCCCAAGAAUUCAUCAGUAUACUGAGCAGAGAUGAAGCUCUGGAAAAAUUCCGUGUUGAAUAUGAGAAGCUCCUUGCUAUUAUGAAGAAGUCUCGUGAAAAUGAAAGGCAUCUCAUGGAGAAAUGCAGGAAGCUGAGUGCUGAGCUUGUGGAGAAGUCAUCUAAAGUAGCUGUGCUCACAAAACUCACUAGUGAUGAUGGGGAAACUAUAUCAUCACUGAAGUCGGAGCUUGAAAAGGCCUGGAAAAUGGUGGAUAAAGCCUAUGAAAGGGAACAGAAAACUAAGGAGACGAUUAAUUCACUGAAAAAGGAAAUUUCACGCCUAAAUAAUUUAAUGAAGGAAAGAGCUGGACAGGAGUACAAUGUUGGGGAUUUGCUAAGAUUUCAAGAAGAGGUAACAGAGGAGCGAGACCAACUGUUGUCAGAAGUUGUGAAGUUACGUCAAAGUCUCACUGAAAUCACAGAGCAGCAGCAGGAAACAGAAAAGGCAAAAAAUGAGGCAGAGCAAUCCGUUUUGGAGCUUCAGCAAGACAUCCAGCUGCGUCAAAAUGAGGAGUUACGAGAGGCACGGAAGAAGGAAAAAAUGGAGACUGAGCUGAAAAAUCUUCUAGCUGAAAUAGAUAGCAGGGAAGCUGAGGUCCAGAAGUUGCAGCAACAAAUAGAGAAUGGCAAAGAGGAACAACUGACAAUAGAAAAUAAUCUUAGAGAGCAGAAGAUCUUGAAUGAAAAAGCUGGUAAGGAACUUGAGCAAUUGAAGAUGAAAUAUCAAAAGCUUUCACACGAGAGUGAGCAGCAGAAUGCAAUGAUUGGUGAUUGGAUGAAGGACAUCGGUCAGAAGACGGCACAACUGAAAGAGGUACAGGAUGAAGCAGCUCAGAUGCGCGUUGAAAUUUCAAAGCUGAGCAAAAUGAGAGACGUUCUCCAGAAUAAGCUGCGUACUGCAGAGGAACAAAAAGUUGAUGCAGAACAUGAAAAAAACAUGCUAAAAAAUCAAAUAAUCAGACUGGAAAAAGAGUUGGAGACAGCCAAAAAGCAGGCAGAGACUGACAAGAGAACCGCAGAUGGGCUUGUGAGGGAAAGGGAUAUGCUAAACCAGAGCUUGAUCAAAGCUACAAAUGCUACUCAGAAGCAGAUAGAUUUGGUGAAGCUCCAUGAACAGUCAAAACAAAACUUGGAAGCAGAAAUCCAAAGUUAUAAGAUAGAAGCUCAGAAACAAAGGAAGAUUAUUUACCAAUUGGAGAAGGAGAGAGAGAGUUUCAUCAAUGAAACAAGUGAGCUCAAGGAGAAGGUCCUCCAUCACAUGAAAGAUCUUGAAAUGCAUCAGUUGCAGAUCUGUGACUAUGAGAAGGAAAUAGAAAUGCAAGUGGCUAAAUUAAAACAGCAACAAAAGCUUUGUGAAACUCUGAGAACAGAGAGGACUGUGUACAGUAAAAAUCUGAUUGAAGCUAAGGAUGAGGUAGCAGAAAUGAAUAUGAAACUGAAAAGUGCCACACGUCAGCUGGAUCAGUUGAAAGAGGAGCUCAAAGAAAAGGAUUUAGCCCUUGAGAAAGUACAUGUGGAAUGCCAGCAGUCAGAGGAUGAGAAAGAGUCAUUGAAAGCUGAACUGCUUAAGAUGACUAUACAGGCUCAGGAAACCAAAGCCUAUAUUGCAAAUCAGGAGGCAAAAGGAAAAGAACUCUUAAAAAUCAUUGCUGAAGCUGAUGCAGAGAGACUGAAGCAGAAGAAGGAAUUUGACAAUGUGCUCUGUGAGCGACAUGCCCUGGGGACCCAGCUCAUUCAUCGCAAUGACGAGGUGGCACUGCUCUAUGAGAAGAUCAAAAUCCAGCAGGCCAUCUUGAACAGGGGCGAGAACGAGUACCGGCAGAGGAUGGAGGACAUGCGCAUUCUCAAGCUGGAGAUCAAAAAACUUCGCUGUGAGAAGGGAAUACUUGGCAAGAGUGUGGCUAAUGUGGAGGAGCUCAGAUGGGAGUUUAAUCACAUGCAGAAGGAAUUGUUAAGGGAACAGACACGGUGCAAAAUUUUGGAAGAAGAACUGCAGAAGCCUUUGCAAGUUCACAGAUGGAGAAAAUUAGAGGCCAGUGACCCCACUACCUAUGAGCUGAUUCUGAAAAUACAGAGACUGCAGAAGCGACUUAUCAACAAGACAAAUGAAGUGAUAGAGAAAGAAUUUCUUCUUCAGGUAGAGCCUGAGUGACUCCAGUCAUACACACCUUCGUUUCUGAUGGGUGUAAGAGUCCCUUGCUUUGCUCUGAGCAAUUCUGCCAGUGAAGUAUGGAGCACAUGCUGAGUGAGGGGUGAUUGUACCUUGGAGGCAGGUAACUUUGGGAUGGAUGUGUGGGUGAACCAAGCCCACCUGCAGAGAGCUAUUUUGCUACAGUUCCUGGUUCAGCAGCAAGAUAUCUCCUACCUCCUUUGGCAGAGAGCUGCUGUGUGAUUUAUCAGCCAGGUGGUACCAUCAGCUUCCCAUCCCUGCAAGGAUUACAGCAGAUCUGGCUGCCAUGUCUCCACCUGCUCCCACCUUCAUUUCAUCCCUCUAGUCUGUACACAGGGCUGCAGGCUGUGUUGUGUGGGGGGAAUCACUGUGGAAUACAUUUUGUACAUGCCAACUGCAUUCCAUCCUAUAAUUUCUGUACUAACUUCUGCUGGAAUGUGAAUAAUGUAACUUCCCAGUUUUCUCUAAUUUUGCCCACAGUCAUCAUCCCAUGCAGGGAUAAUUGUACUAAUUGCCCUUUUUAAUAUAAAGAAAACAUUAGUUGAGUACUAAGGAUUGUUACAAUAAAUUUCCUGGAACAUUAAGU